AUGAGCGGCUCCUCCAUGGCGAAGAGCGAGUCCCGCACUUCGCUGCUGAAGGCGGCGGGGAGCCGGAGGGCAGCUGGCGCCCAGCCCCGCGGCAGCCGUGCCCGGGACGGCAGAGGACAAGGCGGGCAGGCGGAGAGGGAGCAGAGCCAGGAGCCGCUCCCCGGGGAGCCCAGUGCCCGCAGGCCGCUCUGCCACCCGGGCGCCCGGGAGGACGGAGCGAGGGGCGCGGGAAAGCUGUCACAUGGACGCGGGGAGAGCCAGCCGGAGACGGCAGAAGGAGGUCCAAGGAGAGGCAGCGGAAAGGAGCCGGCGCGGACAUCCAGGCACCACCACCACAUCCCUCCGCACGCCAGCCACGGUCAUCCACAGGACCAGAAUCAGCUCUCAGACAGGGAUGGGGAGGAGGCAGAGGAGGACUUUUUCUUCAGUCACAGGCAGGGGUCCAGCAGAGAGUCCCUAAAGCUCUCGGAAGGCGCUUCACCUCUGUCCAAAUCCAGCAGCAAGUACUCCACCAAGUCCAGCAGCAGCGAUCGUUCGGUGGAGGCGGACCCCCUCUUCCACCAGCUGCAUCCCAUGCUCAGCUCGGUCUUUGGCCAGGAUAGAGAGCUGCGUCCGGAAGAAAUUGAAGAAUUAAGAGAAGCAUUUAAGGAGUUUGAUAAAGACAAGGAUGGAUUUAUUAACUGCAGGGACCUGGGGAACUGCAUGCGAACCAUGGGCUACAUGCCGACUGAAAUGGAGCUGAUAGAGCUCUCUCAGCAGAUCAACAUGAACCUGGGUGGCCAUGUGGAUUUUGAAGAUUUUGUUGAGCUGAUGGGCCCAAAGCUGCUAGCAGAAACUGCAGACAUGAUUGGUGUAAAAGAGCUCCGUGACGCCUUCAGAGAGUUUGACACCAAUGGUGAUGGGGAGAUCAGCACCAGCGAGCUGCGAGAAGCCAUGAAGAAGCUCCUAGGGCAGCAGGUGGGCCAUCGAGAUAUCGAAGAGAUCAUCCGGGACGUGGAUCUGAACGGAGACGGGCGUGUUGACUUUGAAGAGUUCGUUCGCAUGAUGUCCCGUUGAAGAUUAUUCUCAGCUAAAGAAGAAUCAGCACCUUAGAGAGGGCAGAAGAGGACCUAGGUGGAGCAUCUAGCCCCAAUGUUCCCACAGGAAGGUUUAUCGGCUGGCUGCAAUUGGGACAUUGCAAGAUGACCUGCUUGCUCCUCCCUCAUGAUGGUCCCCGUGCCCCUCCACCCUUUCACACUGUGAAAGAUUUGCAACUUCCUACAACUGGAAUCAUUCCUUGGAGAUGAUUGCAGGAAACUGCAGAGCCAGGACUUGCCAUGAUGCUUUCAUGGGAAAUUUGCAACUUUAGACUCCUCCUCCUCAGCUUUAUUCUCCCACCAGCUGCUGCAAAGCAAGAGCAGGAGGAAUCCUCUUGGCUUGGUGGACGAGAGCAAAGCCAUUGGGACCGGUGGCAGCCUCAGGGCAUUCUCUGCACUUCUUUGUUUCCCUUGGUGAACGUGUCUGUGUUUGCUGUCUGUGUGUGUGUGUCCAUCUGUGUGGAGUUAUUUAUGCUUCCCCAGCACAUAGUCGCAUCUCCUGUGGUUAUGUUUACCAAAAGUACAUUUAAAUACAUGU